AUGAGCGUGACGCCCGCGCAACUGUUCCAGGAGCACGUCUAUCAAAUGCAAAUAUGUUUGGGUCUGGAAGAUAGAAGUAGAACUUGUGAUGCUGCAUUUGGAUUCCAAAGAAAUCAGCAUGGUGAGCAGCAAAGGGAAUGUAAAUUUUUGCUACGCGGAGAGUGCAUUUGUCAUGCGGAGCCCUCAAAAAAAGUUGUGAUGCUAGGACUUGCGUCACAGACUUCACGGGUCAUGCAAAAUGUGCAUGACAAACCGCGACAUAUUUGCAAUGCAUAACGUCCAGACGUGGGCGGAGCUGUGGAAGUCUGGCGUAGAGAUCGAGGGCGAAGAGGAAAUCGAGAAGACCGCGAUGGCGGGUCUCUAUUGGCUGCUCCAGCACUAUAUGGCUUGCAUAUAUGUCUGGGUCUGGAAGAGCCAAACUUGUGAUGCUGAAUUUGGAUGCUAACAAAAUCUGUAUUGCAUGAGCAGCAAGAGGAGUCAAACUUGGCUACGCGGAGAGGGCAUUUGUCAUGCAGGAUGCGCAUCGAUAGGCGCUCAAAAAAUCUGUGAUGCUAUGGCAUACAUCAGAAACAUCAUGGAUCAUGGAAAAUGUGCAUAACAAACUUCUCCUCUUCCAGACCCAGACCUUUUUACAUUUGAUACACUAUCGGGCCGACACCUACUGGUCCAGCUCCCCCGGCGGAAUUGCGACUAACAGCUACAACGGCCAUGUGUUUUGGGACACGGAGCUGUGGAUGUUUCCCCCGCUGCUCCUUUGGCACCCGGGGAUCGCCAAGGCGGCGCUGCAGUACCGUUUGAACACGGUGCCGGGGGCGCGGGCGCGGGCGAAACUCGGGAACGACCCCUGGCGGAGUGGGGAGCGCGCGCUGCAGGGUUACAGCACGAACGGGGUCCGUUUCAGCUGGGAAUCUGCCAUCACGGGGAACUAUGCAUUGCAAAAGUAUCGUACUCGUAUUGCAGUCAUGCGUGAUCUUAAGGUCAAUCAGCAUUACAACCUUUAUCUCUCAUGCUGAGGAAAUUUGUAAUGCAUUUAUAUAUACGAGUACGAUUUACGAUACUUUUGCAAUUCAUAGGAACGAGCAGACACCGCCGGGGUUCGAUACGGGCGCGGCGGAAAUCCACAACACAGGCGAUGUAUGCAUUGCAAAUGUAAGUAUCGUAGCUACUCGUACUGAUUGCAGAUACGCAUGACAAAUCUACUCUUCCGUUUCAAGCGAAAAAAUCACCAUGACAUGACAAAUUCCGUUCGUCAUGCUAUAGACAAUUUGUGUUGCAAUUUUACCUACGGGUGCCUGCUGGUACGGUCCUUUUUGCAAAAAUGCAUACGUUGUCGCUUUCGAAGCGGAUCAAUACUACAAGUUGACGCGCGACUUGGACUUCUUGAUAUAAAAGUGCGCAACUCCCCCUCCUCCUCAUUUGUAUAGCAUGAACGGCAAUACAAGCAUCAGCAAGAAUACCGGUUUUGCAUGACAAAUUCGCACUGGAUUAAAUAGUGCUUUUUCGGCUUCCAGGAUUUGUCACGCAAACAGUGCUACAAGGCAGCAGCUGGAUUUGGGAUUUUUGCAUUACAAAUGAGGAGGAGGGGGAGUUGUGAAGUUUCAUACUUGAACAGUGGCGGCUACAAGGAUCUGAUCGAGGGCACGGGGCAAUUUUGGUCCGAGUAUGUCCGAUGGGAGGGCGCCGCCGCUCGGGUGCUGAACGUCGUCCCGCCCGACGAGGAGGCGGGGUACCAGGAUGAUUCGAUAUUUACCAAUGCCAUUGCGGAAGAAAACAUGCGGCUGGCAGUGUACUACAUGGACCUCCAUGACAGGAGAGGAAAGUUCCGACUUGAUCCCGCCCCAGACAGUGCGACGUUCAGGGAAAAGUUUGAGAGAACCAUCGCCGGGCUGCAGAAGACGUAUCCCACGCUGUACGACAAAAACCGCGACGCCCACUACGAAUACGCCGGCUAA